GGCGGUUCUUACGUGCAGAUGGAUUCAAUGGGAGACAAGCAGCGAGGAGCCGGCGAGUGGAUCGCACCCAUUCGAGCAGCUCGUUGCCGUUUACAGGUGAUGGUAGAUGCACUGCGCUCACAAUUGGGAGCUCGAUUUGAGGCUGAUGGGGGGGCAGCUUCAUCGAACCCGCCAUUUCGGGAAGUGACGAGGAACAUGAUGCAGAUCAUCUGGGAGUUGGAGGAGGAUGGUCUCAUGAAUGGUCAACAGGAGGAGACUCUGAAGCGGUGUUGCUACGACAUCUUCGAGGAGGGGCAAGAUGUGUACGCAGCGCUGGAGGAGUGGUACUUGCACUUUGAGACGGAAGAUGAAGAUAAUACUGAUGCGAGCAUCAUCAGCUGUGACGAGAUCGGGGAGGGCCAAGCUCAGGGUGAUGACGUCCUCACUAUUGACAAACACGCCAACGACAACAAUAAAUUUGUGCAGGUCCGUGGUACAAACAUGGGGAUCAUGAGCUUGGGCGCGUGCGACAAUAAUGACAACAACAACAACAACAACAACAACAACAAUAACAACAACAACAUCAGCAGCAACAACACCUACAGCAACCACGACGCAGAGAUUGUGGACGCUGGCAACACCAUGAUUGUUGUGCAUGACACUGGAACAAGUAUGGAAAUUGUGAGUUCGUGCACGCCGGACUACAACAACAAAAACUACAACAACAGCAGCAACAAAAACGACAUCAAUAAUACCAACAACGACGGUGUGGUAAGUAUGGUGGGGGUUUCAGCUCUCUCCCCCUCCCCCUUCUCUCCCCCGGUGUCCUUUCUCCUUUGUGAUCGUGUUGAUAACCCGGGGGGAGGGCGACAGGGCUGUUUGAACGGCUCGCUCAGCAUAUUGGUCGGGUGUGGGGGAGAGCUAGGGGUGGGAUGGGUGCGCGAAGGGGUGGGAUAGAUAUUGGAUUGUCUUACCACAUCUGAUUAGUUGCCACAUGGUAAUAGGGCAGCUCUAGCCGCGGGCCAACACUGCAUGAGUCAUUAGGGCCUGCAAACGUGAUGUCCGGUUUCUUGUCAGGUGKCGAGGACAGGAAGUGCCGAGGGAAGCGGCGCUAUGGAUUUCUUUGUGUGUGACUCGUUUGGGUUCCGCCACGUGGCCUUUAGGUUUUAGCUUUUAGUGAGGCCUGCUCAGAUUGCCCCUUCUACUCAUGGCGAUGUAUGGUUUUUGGGUUGUUGAUGAGUAUUUCUGGGUAGGGUAUGAAUUCAUGCAUGGGUGGGCAGUCAAUCCCCUCAUUGAGGGUAAUCAAUGCUGUUCACUGGU